CCUAAUAAUAUCUAUAUCAUAUCAUCCUUCCUGUAUCUAUAUAUCUUAUCAAACCUUCUUGGCGGCCGCAUUCUCUGUAUCUGAAGAAACAAGAAGAAGAAGAAGAUGAAGUUCAACAUUGCAAAUCCAACAACUGGAUGCCAGAAAAAGCUCGAAAUUGAUGACGACCAAAAGCUCCGAGCUUUUUACGACAAGAGGAUUUCUCAGGAAGUCAGUGGAGAUGCACUUGGAGAGGAGUUCAAGGGGUACGUGUUCAAGAUUAUGGGAGGAUGUGACAAGCAAGGUUUCCCAAUGAAGCAGGGAGUGUUGACUCCAGGACGUGUUCGUCUUCUACUUGUUCGAGGUACUCCUUGCUUCAGGGGAUUUGGUAGGCGUAAUGGUGAGCGUAGAAGGAAGUCUGUUCGUGGAUGCAUUGUCAGCCAGGAUCUUUCUGUCUUGAACUUGGUCAUUGUGAAGAAGGGUGACAAUGAUCUACCUGGACUAACUGAUAUUGAGAAGCCAAGGAUGAGAGGUCCCAAAAGAGCUUCAAAGAUCCGCAAGCUGUUCAACCUUGGUAAAGAUGAUGACGUUAGGAAGUACGUCAACACCUACAGACGCACUUUCACCAACAAGGCUGGGAAGGAAGUGAGCAAGGCUCCCAAGAUCCAAAGGUUGGUGACACCACUGACUCUGCAAAGGAAGAGGGCUAGAAUUGCUGACAAGAAGAAGAGGAUUGCAAAGGCCAAAUCAGAGGCUGCAGAAUACCAGAAGCUUCUUGCAAGUCGAUUGAAGGAGCAAAGAGAAAAGCGUAGCGAGAGCUUAGCCAAGAAGAGGUCCAGGCUUUCAGGUGUUUCAAAGCCAUCCGUUACUGCUUAAGUUACUAGGUAUGGACUCGGUUUUGGGGUGUUAAAUCUUUGAUGGUUUUGCUUAUAUUGAACAAUGAGACCUUAGUUUUGUUUACCUUAUCUAUUAUGAGUUCUUAUGACUGAUUGUUGAAUCAAAUUAAGCUAUGUUAUUUACUUAA